UGUUAAGUGAGCACACGUCAUUCCCUUUUACCCCCCCCAAAAAAUUAUAACCGACCGUCCAAAACAUUUAAGCCGACAAAAACAUCACCAACUCAUCAUUACCAGUGGGGAUUGAUGCUGUCAAAUGGCGAGGAAAAGGUUGCAGCCUCAAAUACUGAGUAUUUCGAGCGAAAGGGAGCCGAGCAUUCACCUAGCUCAGCAUCAGUGAACAUGGCUAUGGCUAACGAGUCGAAAACAGUACGCAGAAAUGGAGAGCUAAGCGAAUGAUAGCUAGAUGGUAGGAAGGCGUGACAGGCCGCAUCCUGAACGUGUACUUGGAUGUGUAGGAUUAGUCAUCUACAUAAUGUGAAAGGCAAUCAAAAAGAUGCGAUUGUGACAUAAAAUCCAUCUCCCUCCGCUGUCGGGGGAACACAUAUUUUGACUCAUUGACAUCUGUCAAAAUUCAAAGUGAGGAGAAGAAAACAUCAUCUCUUCCCAGAGAAUGAGUGAAUAAACUGACGUGGAUGAAGGGAAACCAUGAUAUGGAUGAAAACACUGUAACUGAAACAGCCAACCAACAGCUGUUGACUGAACUGCUCUCUAAUAAAGAUUGUUCUGUGCCAUAAAACACCAAGAGACCAACAACCAACAACAGACCAACAACAAUUGCACACCAAAACAAGGCCUUUUCUCCCCAUGAAACUGUACAAAGUGUUUAAAACUAAAUAAAAUGGCACCAACCCAUCAAGAUAAAAAGAGAAUACGGUAUCCAAGUUGAAAAGAACUGUUCGCGUUUGAGAACCCCCCCCCCCCCCCCCCCCCCACUUUACACUAAAUAACCCCAUUCCCCACACACUUGCUCCCUCUCCUGUUGGAUGGAGAGUGGGGGCAGUGGGCGAUCGGGCGGAAGUAGCAGCAGCCGAAGUGCGCGAACAGGGGGGACCGGCAGUGUUAUCGGGCGGAGUUCGGGAUCGAGCCGAGGCGACUCAGGCAGUUCCAGGUCAAAUAGUGGCACUGCAGGAUCCCUCGGCCGAAGCACGUCCGUUGGCGGCAGUGGUGGGAUCAUUGUCGCUGCUCCUGGUGCUGGAGGUGUGGCUCCUGCACCCCCAUGUGCCAGUGAGUGGGAGAUGUUCCAAUUUGGAAAAUACAAUUUGGACAUAAUAGAGAUGUUAAGCGGACACCAGGCCCAUCAGUUCAAAGGCCUUGGGUUAGAACGACAGCUACAGCAUCAGCAGCAGGUGCAGCUUCACCAGCACCAGCUCCAGCAGCAACAACAACAGCAGGCCGAGACCUCAGGAGCUCUCCUGUCUGGGCUAGGCCUUGGGUCCCUCCAAGGGGCCAGAAGCAACGCCUUUUCCGAUUCUGCCUCUAUUUUCGCCAAAAUGAGCGCCCCUCCUCCCCCUCUACAACAACAACCUUCUUCGUCCUCACAAAGCUCAAGAUCCAAGUCAAGCAAGAUGAGUAGCAGCAGCUCAAGCCAUGUGUCGGGCUACCCACAGUUCCUGCGUUCCUUCCACCCGACAGAGGCCGCUCUGGCACAGGAGCAACUCCAUUCUGGGGUCGGCCGCUUCGAGCACUUUUCUGGGGGUAGCAGUGGUGGGGGUACUGGGGGGUUGGGAGUUGCCCCCCCUCCACCACCCCCUCUUCAUCCAGGCCUCUCUGUCCCCCAAGCAUCACCUGGACCUUCAUCCUCUUCCCCCUCCCCCUCCAGUUCAGUGGUAACUAACAAUCCCCCCAGUAGCAGUGCAGUCACCUCUCUGGGACACCAGCUGGUUGGGGCCCAGUCUGAUGCACGGAGCCUUCAUCAGCAGUUCAGUUGCAUGCUAGCUGCUAAUCAGUACUUUCUCUCUGGGGUGCCUGCUAACGCUAGCUUAGAGCAGUUUCUGGUUCAACAGGGAACCCACAACCACCUGGGGAUAGGUUUAGGUCAGAGUGAGGGAUCCAGCUCAGGCCUCGCUCCGCCUCCAGCUCUGCAUUCCUCUCAUUCGCAUGGCCUCUCUACCGCUCAGCCACAGCAGCAGCAGCCUCCACAGCAGCAGCAGCUGCCUCCCCAUACCCUGUCCCACCCCCACUCGCACUCACACCCUCACCACCCCCUACACCCAGGCUCCCAGCCCUCUUCCCUGGGUGGUUUUGACUUCCAGGGCAUCCCAGUGCUCUCCUCCAACCAGCUGGCCUCUCUGAUGCAGCAGGAAGCAGGCCUGCCGCUCCCCCUGCCGCUUCAUCUGUCCCUCUCCAAGGAUGACGGCAAGGGGGACAGCAGUGGGGGCGGAAGCAGCAGCAGUAGGAGGAAGAAAGCGAUGGCUGGCUACCUGCCACAGAGGAAGUCAGAUGGCGGCAGUAACAGCAGCAGCGGCCACAGCAGUGGGAACCCCAAUGCUAGCAGCAGUGCAGGGGGGCUGGGCCACGACCCCUCCCCAGGGCUGGUUGGGGGGGGGGGCGGAGGGGUUGGCAUGUCAGGUUUGGGAGGAGAGCCAUCCCUCCUUGCCUCUUCAUCAUCCUCAUCAUCAUCAUCAGUUGUCUCAUCCUCCUCUUCCUCUGGCCCCUCCUCCACUGCAGCAUCAGUCCUGGUUACUAAUGGUUCUCACCUAUCCAAACCUGAUAACAUGGGCUCAAUGCCAUCUGCAUCUACACAGGCUGACACUGAGCCACUCUAUAACUGUGGUGAGUGUGGCAAAACCUUCACUCACCUCUCCAGCCUUCGCAGGCACCUGCGUAUGCAUGAGUCUACGGCAGCAGGUACUAGCAAUAAUGCCAGCAUUAACCCAAACCCGACUCAUAUCCAAUCACUAACUGACCCCAGUCUCCCACACUCCACCCAGGAACACUCCACCCAGGAUCUGAACUCUCAAUCUAACUCGCUGUCCUCCCAACAAUCAUCCAACUCAGUCCAGGCCUCAUCCUCUUCCCCCAGCCCUGACAAGACCUUCAAUUGCUCAGAUUGUGGCAAGCACUUCAAGAAAAAGGGGCACCUCCUCCAGCAUGGCGUCAUCCACUCAGAGGCUCGCCCGUAUGGCUGCAGCAUCUGCUCCCGGGCUUUCAACCGCCGUGAGUCACUGACGCGACACGAGAAGAUUCACCAGGACAAGCCCUUCCGCUGUCCAGCCUGCGGUCGAUGCUUCCGUGAGAGCACCUCUCUACUCAACCAUGCUGCCUCUGGCACAUGCGGCAAGCCAGGUAGGGCAUCAAAACCACAGGGCAGCAGCAAGGAAGGAGCUGUAGGGGAGGGAAGAAUGGGAGGAGGAGAAGGUGGAGGAGGUGGGGAUUACCAGGGUAGUAGAGGGGUGAUUUAUGGGAAAACUGAGGAAGAUGAAGAGGGUGUGAUCAUGGGAGGUGAGGGAGGUCAGAAGUCAAGGCUAGGGUGUGAUGGUGGUCUGUUUCAGUCAGAGAGGGGAGGGAAUGCUAACAGCAGGGACAGGCCAGAUGGUAAAUACCCCACUGAUUACUCUCGGAAUCGUUACACAGGCUACCAUGACGACCACCGUUCUCAAGGUAACCCGUCUCCGUGUUACUCUGGAGCCUCCCCCUGUGACAGUGGGAUGGCGGGCCCGGCGCUGAGGAAGGCACCAUUGGCCCCGACGCUGCACCCCCACCCUCAGAGUCAAACCCAACAUCACCACCAGCAGCACCUCCCCCUGUCCUCUCUCCUGGAUGACUCUGAAGACGACGUCACCAGCUCUGUCAACAACGCCAUCUCAGCCAUCGCCGCCGCAGCUGCCGCCAACUGUGAUAUGAACAGUGGGAACAGAGGCGACGAUAGGAGGGAUAUCAUCGGAGGGCUGUUGGGGGGGCUGGACUUAGGCCCCUUGGGGUCCCCUUCAUCAACAUCUGGGAUGGAUAAGACCUAUAGAGGAGCAGGGAACCAGGAUGGUAUGAGUGGUAAUAUUAACCACAACCAACAGCAGGGGAAUGAUCCACAGAACCCUGCUGCCAAACCAAAACGUCCCCGGAAACCUAGAAAGCCCAAAGACCCCAACGCUCCCCCUAAACGCAGGCAGUACACCCCCAGAGCUCCCAGAGAGUCGAGCAACAUCCCGCGGCCAUAUCUGUGCAGUGUUUGCGGCAGGGGGUUUGCACGCCGCGAGACCCUGCGUAGGCACGACCGUGUCCAUACUGGGGAGAAGCCCCACCGCUGCAGUACAUGUGGGAAGCACUUCAGAGAGGCCUUCCACCUCACCAAACACCACACCGUUCACUCUGGGGAGAAGAACUACAAGUGCAGCCUAUGUGGGAAAGAGUUUGGCUACUCCCAGAGCCUCAAGAGGCACGGGAAGCUCCAUCAGAAAGGGGAGCUGGAAGAGGUCCCCGCUACACCAGGAGGGGAGAACCUCAACAACUUCAACACAAACCCGUCAUGUGGGAUGGGCCAAGACAGGGAACAGAACCAAGGAAACAGCUCCUCCUCCUAUUAUUCAUACCCCCAAGAUAUCAAGCCUCAAGGCUCCAACAGCCAGCCCCCGCCCAGGCUCUACACCUGUGCCAUAUGCUGGAAGUCUUUCCGCCAUCACUUCCACCUGACGGCUCAUCACCAGACGGUCCAUGAGAACGGAGGUGAGAAGCUGUUCAGCUGCGAGGUGUGUGGGAAGGCCUUUGCCUACUCCAAUAGCCUCACUCGACACAGGCUGUCACAGCACGGCCUGGCCCGCACCGGCCCUGACAACGCACAAGGGGACGGCAGUGGGUCAGGGGUAAACAGUGCAGCUGGUGGUGGAGUGAGUGGGACUGCGUCAGAGAGCGAGGCAGCCACCAACGCCCUCCUUCAGAUGGCACCUUCCACUGAGGGCCACGGGGGGCAGCAGAGUCACAGUGUUGUCACCCACAGUCAUCAACAACAGCCACCUCAGCCCCCAGCUGGCUACUCCCCCCUUUUCUAUGAUGCUGGUACGGCCCACUCCUCAGCCUCCAGUGUCCCUCCCUACUCUCAGCCCCUGCCACCCAACUCCACAAUCAUGCCCCCUCAGCACCAGCAUUCCCCAGCAAGGGUGAAAGGGGAGCACAUUUACCCAGCUGGGUCCAGUAGUCACACCCUUCACACCACAGCUCCAUUCCAGCCCCUCACGGAGCUGCCAUCCGACCACCAUCACCACCACCACCACCAUUCUUCACAUCACCACCACUGUUCAGAGCCACAGUCCCAGCAACAACACCACAGGAACAUCCAAUCACACGAUGACAUGAGGAGGCACAAGAAGAAGAAGAGAAAGUCCGACAGGAGGGAGGGAAGGGGGGACAUGUGGGGGGAGUCCUCAGGCUUCGUCAGAGACGAGGGGAGGAAAGACCAGAGGAAGAGGAGGUCUGUUUUCCAAAAACAGCUGAGGAAGAAAAAGCUUCUGUUGAAGAUUAGACGAGCGGGGGAAGCGGGAGGGGGAGGAUAUGAGCUGGUCACAACAAGAGGGAUGAAGAUACAAAUCCUGUCAUCUCUCAAAGUCCCAGUGAAACGUUUUGCCUGCUCCAUCUGUCCCCACGCCAUGUUCGCCCGCCAGGCCGGCCUGCUAGCCCACAGGGCAGCUAAACACACCCAGAGAGUCCUGUCCCCCCAGGAGCGUCUGUGCUGCAGUGUGUGUGGGAAGCAGUCUCACAGGCUCCUGGAAGCCUUCAUCCACCGGGCGACUCAUCGCGCCCGAGGGUCCUUCUCCUGCAGACUCUGCUCUGCUCGCUUCUGGAAUGCCCCCCUCCUCCGCAGGCACAAGGUGACCUGCCGACAUAGGGCCAAGGGACUGCCACGAGGUGGCGCUAUCAGCCUGAAGUUGUCCAAGAGGGGGGAGAGGAAGAGCAGAGAGGAGCAGGGGGAGAUGUCGCACUCCCUGCUUACAUUGUACAGAUACUGAACUUGCUGACUUCUAAGGUAGUGGUGUUUAGAUUUUCAUUGAUAGGAAAGGGAGAGGUUAUCAGUUUUGGACUAUACAUAGAAGUAGGUGGACUUUAAAAAACAAAAGCCUUUGGGGGGGGGGGGGGGGCGAUUGAAUUGGUCUGGUGUCUGUCUGAACCUCUUCAACUCAAGUCACUGACUGUUAGAACGAGUGUUUUAACAACAUGAACUACUGUAGAUCAACCAAGGAUCACCUGGAAUUCUUCCAUCCAAACUGUAUGGGAGGAUGUUGAAAGACAUUACUGUUUUCAUAUGAUCAUUAACCCUUAAGUGCAUUGACACUAUGCUUGGCUGACACUGCAGUUUUUAGACAUGUUUAGGUGAUUUGACCUGCUAAUUUAACUCUACCCCCUCAGCCUUACUAGCAUCCCUUCUAUACCCCUAGCUGUAUGAUAACUCUGUCUCUGCUGUGUACUAUGUCUUGUUGAUGUUCACCUAGAGCCCUUUUGGGGAUUUUUUUAAUGUAAAAAGUGCAUUUAGUAGGAGUAGGGAGAGGGUGGGACACAGACUUGUGGUUGGUAGAGAGACAGUCUGUCUGUCGGUGCAUGUGUGUGUGUUUUGGUCAGUUUGUUGGGGAGGUUGUGAACUCACUAUGUGAUGAUUCAUUCAGUACAUCCAAAAAGGACGGGUUUUAAGCGGAAGUUAACAAAGUCCUGAUAAAUGUCCCAGUGAUUUAAUCACGUCUUUAAAAAUACAUUUGAGAAUCUUAAUAGAUUGAAGUGAAUACCACUUCCAGACAAAAAAGUGUAUCUUACAAAAAGCCUUGUUAAUCAUGAUCACUUUGUUUCAUUCUCAUGCCUGUGGAAACAAUUGUAGCUUUUAUACCAAGAUAUUGAGACAAGACAGGAUGAAAAAAGCUCACUGUAACGUAUAUUGUGUUAAUAUCUUAUCACUGCUGUGUUUCUCUUUUCACAAAGUACUUUAUUUAGCUUUUACUGUUCCUUCAUAGUAGCAAAAACAGUUAUGAUUACAUGUAUUAAUGUGUGUUUAACUCCAUCUGUCUACCUGCCAAACCUGGAUUUUAUCCUGUCCUCUUCUCUUAUUUUUUGUUGUUGCAAUCAUGUUCAUAACCCUGUCAAGCCUUGUUUUAUCUUCUAAAGAAAAAUAAUAGUUCUAAGUACAUUUCUAUCACUUUAUUUACUUAAAACAAAGUUAGUUGUUGAUUAUACUUCAGCAUUGAAUAAAACAUAAGUGUUCUCUGCUGUG